CCCAGGCCAAAUAACUGGAAAUUUGAGUUGGGAGAAAGAGAGGAGAGAGAGAGUGUGUGUGAUAGGAAUUAGGGUAAGCCAAAAAUGACAACAGUUGAAGUUCGAGUAAUUAAGCUUUUACACCGCCGUCCACCCCGCAUCUCGCCGGAAUAUUCAAUUUUCCGGCACCGGAAUUUCACAGUUCGAUGCUCCGCUGAACGACAGGCGCUUUUUAACCGCAUUGCUCCUGUUUACGAUAACCUAAAUGAUGUUCUGAGCUUGGGACAACACCGCAUUUGGAAGCGCAUGGCCGUCUCAUGGACCGGAGCAAAGAGAGGGGAUAGUACACUGGACAUAUGCUGCGGAAGUGGAGAUUUGGCAUUUCUUUUGUCCGAAAAAGUUGGCCUUGAUGGACAGGUGAUGGGUUUGGAUUUUUCAAGUGACCAAUUGUUAGUUGCCUCAUCGCGGCAGCAAGAAAGCUCAACUCCCUGCUACAAGAACAUAGAGUGGCUUGAAGGUGACGCACUUAAUUUACCAUUCCGUGAUGAUUAUUUUGAUGCCAUCACUAUGGGUUAUGGAUUGAGGAAUGUGAUGGAUAAAGAGAGAGCUAUGCAACAGAUUUUCCGAGUUCUUAAGCCAGGGUGCAAAGCUUCUAUUCUUGAUUUUAAUAAAAGCAGGGAACCGAUCACUAGCUUAAUCCAGGAAUGGAUGAUAGACAGCAUUGUUGUUCCUGUUGCUACUGGCUUUGGUCUGGCUGAGGAGUACAAAUAUCUCAAGAGCUCAAUUCAGGAGUUCUUGACAGGAAAAGAAUUGGAGCAACUUGCUUUUGCGGUAGGGUUUUCAGAUGCCAAAUUUUACGAGAUUGCUGGUGGACUUAUGGGGAAUCUGGUGGUAACUCGCUAAGUGCAUCCAUGCCUAUUAGAAAUGAUGCUCUGGAUUUGGGAACAGGACGUACAUCAAUAAUGUGCAUGGUUCAAGUAGUAUAUGUAUAUUUCUAGGCCCUAGCUCUCAUGUUAUCUUCAUGUUUGUUUCACAACAUUAUUGAUAAAUUUGUUAGGUAAGAGUUUUAAUGUUGGUUUAUCUGACUUUGUUCUUGUCCUCUGUUGGUUUUCGUCCUUAUCAUGUACCUGGAACUACGAGUGUUGUCCAUGAUAAUUCUAUGUUAUAUUCACUACAAAAUGCGUCCUUAACCUAGUUACUGCUGCUAGAAAUUAUGGAAUCUUGCGUGUAAUGCGACUCUAUAUUCUCUUUUAUGACAAUAUGUAUAAUCAUUUCCUGCUUUA